GUGAUGGUAAAAGUUGUGUUGAAAGUGUGAAUGGAGCCAAAAAGAGAGUUCACCUAAGUCAUGUGAACUUUUGCAACAAAAAAAGAAGAGGGAAUGUGCAAAUAUACCUUUUCCGUCAUACAUCAAUUUUUACAUGAUACUAUGAAAAAUAAAAAUAAAAUAGCAAAAUAUGGAAAUUGAUAUUUUUGAGUACUUAAAAAAUAUUACAACACCAAACACUACAAUGCACUAUGCAUGAGAACAUCUUAAGAUUCUUAUAAUCUCCUCUUCUCUCUUAAGAUUCUUAUAAUCUCCCCUUCUCUUAUAUAUAUACACACGCUCAUGAGUAUUUGACACUCUUUUAACAUUAAAGCCGCUUAUAGGGUUUAAGUUGUGCGCCGUAUUCUUCCAUUCUCUUAUAGUUUGACGAUAAAAGUGAAAAUGGAAAAGGGUUUCUUCAGGAUUUUCAAUCCUGAAUCCAGUGCAAAACGAAUGAAAAUUCCCACAAGUUAUGCAACCUACAAGAAUGGAAAGUUACCUAGGAAUGUUUUUUUUAGGGAUCGAUUUAAUAAUAUGUGGCCUAUGGGAGUGACCAAAAUAGAAGGAGCUUUGUAUUUUGAAUAUGGAUGGGAGAAAUUUAUAGAGGAUAACAACACUCUAGAGUAUGGAGACUUUAUGAUAUUUGAUUAUGAUGGAAAUGAAACAUUUGACUUCAAAGUACUUGAAAUGAGCGGAUGUGUAAAAGAAGGACCUAAAUGUGAAAAGAAAAAGGAAGUGUAUGUUGAACAUCGAAAUAGUGUAGAGCCAAAAGAAAAAAACAGGAUUGGAGAUAAUAACGAUAGUUCAUCUGAUGAUGAUAAUGCCGAUAACUACAUGAUAGAAGAAGAAGAAAGUAACGAUAAAGAAGAGGUGGAAAAGGAAGAGGAAGAAGAUGAGGAGGAGAAAGAAACUAUGGAGGAAGUGGAGGAUGAAGCUGAGGAGGAAGAAGAUGAAGAAGAGAUUGAAACGACUCAAACAUUCAAGAAAAGGAGGUCAGGUUCAAAAGCUGGACGCAGAAAAGCCGUUACUUGCAAGGUCAGGAAUAUGGUCGACCGACAUGGUAUAGAUAUAUUCAGAAGUGGAAGCGCAACUAAGCCAAAAAAUCCAUACUUUGUAGCAAAGAUAAUAGCAAAAAGGAGAAAUCAACAGUAUGUUCCAAUUGAUGUGGUGAGAGACUACAAACUUGAACUCCCUCCUAGCAUGACCAUUCGCGACUCAGCUGGCAGAGAAUUUGAGACAAAAGUCAAAUAUUGGAAAGACGGCAGAAUAUGGUUGGUAGGCGGAUGGCGCAGUAUAUGUCGGUGGAACCUUGUGGAGAAAAAUGACAGGUUCAUCUGUGAAUUUGUGAGAGAACAAUGUGGCAAAAUCUCGUUCUUACAAGUUCGUGUUCUCCAAGAAGGAUCAAAUUCCCAUCCCAAUAAUAAAUAAAAUAGAUUAGUUUAUUACUAUUUACCAUAACAUUUUAAUGUUUAUUGCCUUAAGUAUUGUUUCAUGUUGACAAAUUUUGAAGACUAUAAAUAUUAUUGUUUGUUUUUCAAGA